GGAACACGGCAAGAAUCAAAAGACGAGAAAUAACAAUAAAGUGCAACAAAAGAAUUUCAAAUUUAAACAGUCAUUCUCACAGCUUCAGUUCUCACCAUUGUUGUCCUCACCCUCGUUGUCUGCACUCUCUUCCCUUCUCCCAAAAUUCAAAUCCAAAUCCUCACCGAAUCACAAGCUUCAAACUUCACAGGAUUACAGCCAUGGGUUGUGUCUCUUCCAAUUUAAUCAACCACAACGACGAGUUUCCUCAACUCGGUUCUUCCGCUCUCGGCCACCACAUCGUCUCCCUCACCUCCACCACCUAUGGGCUCCUCAACCUCGACCCUCCUCCUCAAUCUCCGACCACCCCUCCCACUCGCUUCACCCUAGGCUCCAUCUUCCCCAACCCACUUCGCGAACCCAAGCCCCUCUGGUCCGAACCGGAGGUCAUCAACUCCUGGGAGCUCAUGGCAGGUCUCGACACGGACAGUUUCCGCUUCUCUCCUCUGCCUCCACCCAAACCCUUCCCCAUCAAAGAUUCAAUCUUUGAUAAGGAGAACUCGAACCCAAAUCGAAACCAGUUCAAUCUUCAACAUGAAUCCAGGUUUUGUGUAAAAUCCGAUUCGAUCAAGCCAGUGCUGGACCGGUUUGAGAGAAUAUGCCCGCCCAAUGGGGAAAACAGAGUGGUGAUCUACACGACGACGUUGAGAGGCGUUCGGAAGACCUUCGAAGCUUGCAAUGCUGUGAGGGCUGCGAUAGAGGGCUUUGGAGUCCAAAUCUGCGAGCGAGACGUGUCCAUGGAUCGAGGGUUUAAAGAGGAGCUAAGGGAAUUACUCAAGGGGAAGGAGGAGAAGGAGGCGAUUGUGCCUCCAAGAGUGUUCGUGAAGGGAAGCUACAUUGGUGGGGUUGAAGAGCUACUGAGGAUAGUGGAGGAAGGUUUACUAGGGAAGCUUCUAGAAGGUCUGCCCAGAAAGAAAGCUGGGGCAGUUUGUGGGGGUUGUGGGGAUAUGAGGUUUUUGCCUUGUGACAAGUGUAAUGGGAGCUCCAAGAGGGUGGUGAUGGUGAUGAAUGAAGAGACGGGUCAGAAGAAACAGGGGAGGAUGGUUGUUAUUAGGUGCACUAACUGUAAUGAAAAUGGAUUAGUCAUAUGCCCCAUUUGUACCUGAUUAUUAUUAUUACUGGUCAGACUUGGUAGUCAAGGUGAUGUUUCUCGCUUCACCGAUCGUAUGACUUACAUCACAAAUAAUUUUUCCUUUGAAGAGGAAAAGAGUUGCUAAUGUAAAGAGAUAUAUGGUUAUGUUUU